AAUAUAUCUCACUAAAAUCUUCUAUUAAAAGUUCAAUAAAAAGUAACAUAAAUAUCAUGUAGUGUGUAGUUUGAGCUAAUGUCAAAACAGAUGGCUCUGCAGUUGCAUCAUUGCUUCACACACUUCCCUCCCUUCACUUCAACAACUACACCUUCAUCUCUCUCUGCUUCACCAACCACUUCCCUUCAAUUCCCUUCACCAUUCACAGAUUUUCGUGGACCAAACCGUUGCCUCAACCUUAAUCCUCUUCAUUCUGGGAAAACCCAUUUGCGGAACAACCACUGUUCCUCAAUGGUUUCUUCUUCUUCUUCGACAUUGUCAGCGCAGGACAAAGGUAAAAGAUCCAAGAGUGUGUGGAUAUGGACCGAGAACAAGCAGGUCAUGACUGCAGCAGUGGAGAGAGGAUGGAACACUUUCCUUUUCUCCUCACACCAUCAAAAGGCCCAUGAUUGGUCAUCCAUUGCGGUAAUAUGCCCUCUUUUUGUUGGCGAGGGAGAGAUUUUGGAUGGACAGGAUAAAAGGGUAGCCACAGUUUUUGAUGUUUCAACUCCGGAGGAACUAGAGCGACUAAGACCUGAGGAAGAGCAAGCCGAGAACAUUGUAGUUAAUUUACUAGACUGGCAGGUAAUACCAGCAGAAAAUAUAAUUGCUGCAUUUCAAAGCAGCGGAAAGAAAGUGAUUGCCAUCUCUAGUAAUGCAUCUGAAGCUCAGAUAUUUCUUGAGGCACUUGAACAUGGUUUAGAUGGCAUAGUUUUGAAAGUAGAAGAUGUUGAGUCUAUUCUUGAGCUAAAGGAAUAUUUUGAUAGAAGAACAGAAGAAAGCAAUCUAUUGAGCUUGUCCAAAGCCACCGUGACACAUGUUCAAGUGGCUGGAAUGGGGGAUCGCGCUUGUGUAGACCUGUGCAGUCUCAUGAAACCCGGUGAAGGACUUCUUGUUGGAUCUUUUGCCAGAGGAUUAUUUCUUGUUCACUCAGAAUGCAUGGAGUCAAAUUACAUUGCUAGCAGGCCUUUUCGGGUGAAUGCAGGACCAGUGCAUGCCUAUGUUGCUGUUCCAGGAGGCAGAACAUGCUACUUGUCAGAAUUAAAAUCAGGAAAAGAAGUGAUUGUGGUUGAUCAGAAGGGUCGGCAACGAAUUGCAAUUGUCGGGCGUGUGAAGAUAGAAAGUAGACCAUUGGUCCUAGUGGAGGCAAAGAUAGACUCAGAUGAUCAAACGAUCAGCAUACUUUUGCAGAAUGCAGAGACAGUUCCCUUGGUUUGUCCCCAACAAGGAAAUGCACUGUCAAAGACAGCUAUUCCUGUGACCUCACUCAAAAUUGGAGAUGAAGUUCUGUUGAGAGUGCAAGGAGGGGCUCGGCAUACAGGAAUAGAGAUACAAGAAUUUAUAGUUGAGAAAUGAACAAAUAAUGAUGUGUUCAAAUUGUGCUUUUCAUUCAAUUUGUGAACUUAUGUUCUCCUUGCAGCUCCUAUGAUGCUAGAGUAGCAUAUGAUUUGGUUAGAGAAAUGGAAAAGGGAGCUCGUAUCUUGCUUUGCACAGUGACAUUGAAGAUGCAGAGUACAAUCACAGACCAAGAGGGGAUCAACAAUGUGAAAGUUCUAGCACAUGUCUUAUAAUACCUUCAUUAUUAUUGAACUUCAAUAAUCAUCCAGAUAUGUUUAGAGUAAAUUCUCAUUUUCACUCUUGAUUUUGGUAAAAGUUAUCAUAUCAAUAGUACUCACCAUUGCAAGACUUACUGGAAUGAAGUGUAGGAAUGGCAUGAUUGGUUACUUAAAAGUCUCGUA